ACCUCUGGAGUAUACACCGAACCAAAAGACUCACCAGAAACUCCGAAACUAUUUCUGAGAUGUACCUACUGACUCUGCUGACCUUGGCAGUGCUGCCAUUCGUGGUAAAUGGAGGGAAAGUUUUGGUCUUUCCUUUGGAUGGAAGUCACUGGGUCAACAUGAACAUCAUCAUAGAAGAACUUUACGCCAGAGGCCAUGAAGUCACCGUUGUGCGACCAUCAGAUGCCUGGUACAUCAAGCCAGACUCCCCUCAUUAUAAGUCCAUUACCAUUAACACUUCUGGAGGUGUUAAGAAAGAAAACAUUCAGCUAUAUGUAACAAGAACUCUAAACAUGAGGCGCCAAGGUGCUUCCUUCUGGACUCGGAUAUCUCUAGAGUAUGACGUCAUGGCACACUUUUACGGGAUGCAUAAGAAAGGACUUCAGAUGGUUGAAGAUGUUUUUGAAAAUAACCAACUUAUGCAAAGUCUCCGUGAUGCCAAAUAUGACAUGGUUCUAACUGACCCUGCAACUGGUGGAGGUGUUCUUCUGGGUCACCGUUUGGGUCUCCCUCUUGUUUUUAACGUCAGAUGGACAAUUCAGGGUGAAGGGCAUUACGCAAUUGCACCCUCCCCAAUGUCUUAUGUCCCGGUACUUUGGUCAGAACUACCUGAUAGAAUGACUUUCAUCCAGAGGGUCCAAAAUGUAUUGUAUUAUUUCUUCUCAUGCCUCCAAAUUUGGUACAUCACAGAUCCAAACUACAAACCCUUUGUCCAACGUCACUUUGGUAAAGAUGUAGAUUACAUGGAGUUGUUUAAAUCAGCUGACAUCUGGUUGAUGAGAAACGACUUCACCUUUGAGUUUCCACGACCAACAAUGCCAAACAUCGUCUACAUGUCAGGAUUCCAGUGCAAACCCUCCAAACCUCUCCCCAAACAACUGGAGGAGUUUGUAGAGAGUUCUGGAGAACAUGGUGUCAUUGUGAUGACAUUGGGGACAUUGGUAGAAAAACUCCCUGAAGACAUGGCUGAGGACAUUGCUGCUGCUUUUGCUGAGCUUCCCCAGAAGGUGAUCUGGAGGCACAAAGGAAAGAAACCAUCCACCCUUGGCAACAAUACCCUUAUCCUGGACUGGUUACCCCAAAAUGACCUCCUUGGUCAUCCCAAAACCAAAGUGUUUGUAGCUCAUGGAGGCACCAAUGGAUUGCAAGAAGCCAUCUAUCAUGGCGUUCCCUUGGUUGGCUUGCCCCUAAUGUUUGAUCAGCCAGACAACUUCUUCAAGAUGGGAUCAAGAGGAGUGGCCAAAGUCCUGGACUAUGGAACUGUAAAUAAAGAUGUCUUCUUGGAGGCUCUGAAGGAGGUUCUCUAUGAGCCUUCAUACAGAGAGAAGAUGAAGGAGCUGUCCAGCCUCCACAGGGAUCAGCCCAUGAAACCUCUGGAUCGAGCCAUGUUCUGGAUCGAGUUUGUCAUGAGGCAUAAAGGAGCGGCCCAUCUGAGGACUGAGUCCUACAAGAUGUCCAUGAUCCAGUACCACUCUGUUGAUGUUUUGGCAUUUCUGUUGGCAAUUAUUCUGCUGCUCUUAACUGUUUUUAUUUCUGUAGUAAAAUUUCUCUGGAAGAGAGUGUUUUAUAGCAGUAAAGCUAAAAAAGAAUAAUGAAAAUGUUUUCAAACUGAGACAAAUGUAUUUCAAACAGUGCAGUUGGUUAUCAUACAUGUUAGAUUUCAGUGUCUUGAAGUACAAAAUUUCCAAUAAUAUAUUAAUCAACUUACUAAUGAGAUUAAGAAAUACCAAAAAAUGAUGUCAUGUAUUUCCUCAGUCUUUUUGUCACAUGCCGUCUUGUUAAGUACAUCUAGAACUGUAUAUAAUUGAAAAAAUUUGGUGAGCACCAUGUUUUUGAAUAGGGAUAUUUCUUAUUUCUGAAUGUUGUUGAAGGUGUUUUAGCUGUUUAUGAUUAUUCUAAAGCACUGAUUUAAAUAUGUGAAAUUCAGAAAUGAUUUUUUUCAGCUGCCAAUUUGUUAAAAUAUACAUUAAAAACAAAAAACUCUCAUUUGUUCAUUCCUAUGUAAAUGCAAGUUGUCUCUAAAAACUUUAUUUUAUAGUUACUGAUCUCUACAGAUCAACAUCAAUUCAGAAUAUGACUUGUAGACAUACACAUGAAAUGCACCUUUAAAAGCUGAAGUGCCCCCAUAGUCAUCAUUGCCUCAUAAAUGUCAAACUAAAAUCUCUAAAAUCUUAAUAUCUCACAUGUAAUUGUUGAUAUUAUUGACUUUGGUUCCUAACUCCCAAUUAACAAAAACAAAGAGUUGCAAACAGCUACUGUGGACUGUUGUACCUAUAGAUUAGUUGCCAACUCUUGUUAGUGCGGAAGUAAAUGAAUCCAUGUUCCAGGAACCAGAAUAAAUUGAUCUGACCUCUUUGUUUUGACAGGUACGGAUUUUGUUCCUCACCUCAAAUUAGGACAGCUCAUAAUAAAAAAAUUGACAGUAUCCAACAACAAAAUGUUUCACGUCCAAACGUUUGCAUGUUGAUUGGUUUACCUAACAUCAGUGCUUGAUUAGUAGGGUCAGGUCUAACAUCUCUGUAUCUCCCAUCGGGA